GUUGGAUUUUCCCGGAAAAACGGUAAACCUCAAAUAAAUUAAAACUAAACAACUUUAGACUCUGGAUCGCAGAAAAUUUGGAUUUUCAGAAAUUAUCACAGAAUCCACAAAUUUAGAUCCUUGCAUCAUGGCAAAAUGAUUAUUAGUUAGGAAGCUGUGCAGACAGACACACAGACACACAAACAUCAUUGACAAUGGAGUACUGUACAGAAAUAGCCAUUCUUCAGUCAGCUUUCCAGCUUGUUUCCAAAAAGGCAGGUAAAACUCUGUCACUUCUUCCAAAAGAAAAUUGCAAAGAUUUAGUGACCAUCAUAUGGACGUCUGUUGAAGAGAUAUGUAAAGGCAUACAGUAUGACCUUGAUGUUAAAGAGCGGUUACUAUGGCAACAGAAGCUACAUUCAGUACUUCUUUAUGUGUUAGUGAAGAACAAGUACCGAGAAAAAGAGGAACCAGUGAGAGAAGGAAGAGUACCAGUUUUGGGUGCAAUUGACAUGUUCACAGGGAUAUUACCUACAUACAGCUGUAGUUUUUACUUUGAACUGAUGAAAUGUUGUGACUGGACUGAGAAUUUCCUACAGAGUUUGCAGUGUUUGGAUUACAAAACUUCAUCUUCUCUCCUCAAUGAUUUAUUGCAACAUUGUCAUAGCAGCCCAGUGACCUUUGAAGAUGGCAAGGUCAUUGCCAUGGUGAAAGACACACUGUUGUCAAGGUGUUUGUGUGUACCAGACUACCCAAGUCAGCUUUGUGCAAAGCUUUUUGAACCUUUGACACAGGCCAGAAAAUAUGUGCAGACUGUUUAUCCAGAAGAUGAAGCAGAAACGUUUGUUACUAUGGGAAAGCAAAAUGCUGCACCUAUAGAUAAUGUAAAUAACAAUAGUUGUGCAGGGAUAAGUUUCUGGAAUACAUUUGUAGAGGAAAACCCACAAAUUUUAGAUAUGGUAAUGGCAUACUAUGAGAAUAGUCUUGAUGGACAUUUGAAAAAAUUGUCAAGUCAGGAAUUAUUAGAAGUUCUGUCCCAGCUUGCUGUCUAUCUCUAUUUCACGACAGUAGAGCCAGGAUCAGACUUUACAGAUAAAUGGUUUAUUAAUAAUCUAUUUGUGCAAGAUUAUUGUAAAAAUAUGAAAGGGGAUUCACUGGAUAUUGUAUACAGCCUUAAUUUUACUUUGAUUCCUCAUGUUCAUAAUAAUUUAUCCAGAAGUCAGCUUAAUGUAUGUUUGUGGAAAGCUCUAAAUGUGUUAUCAAGAUCUUGUAAAGUUGAACACUUAACCAGUAAGGAACCUCAUAUUGUACACAUAGUAAGUGGGCUUUCUGUAAAUUUGGUAGUGCUACUUAGAAUGCUUGCAGGAUUACUUGGUAAUGGUGAAGCUGUGGUUGAGAAAUUUGGGGUUUCUGGCAGUUUGUUGACAGGAAAUAUAGACCUAUUGUCAUGGAUACAGGGGUGUGCUACAAGUUUUGCAGGUACAUGUACAACAGAUCAAGGACUUGUUUUAGGAGAAGCUUGGACAGAUGAUGUUACCAUGGAGAGUCUGUUAUGGAGAAUAGAUCACAAUUUGCCUCAGUGUCAAGUUUGUGUUGAUAGACUUCUAGAUCUUACAAAUAUCAAGUUUUGGACAACAGACAGGCUUUACACAAGCAUGAUGAAGCAUCCUGUAUUACUAGGACGUGUUGACAGAGUGUUAAAACUCUCACAGAUCCUUGAUAUAUUAAAGGGAGGUAAUAAUCUGCCGAUAGCUUCAACACUUCUAGAUCUCAUCAUUUCCUCAUUCCCAGAGUUGUCUUUUCCUGAUCAGGAUACAGUUGUGAUGGAGAUUUACUGCAGGGGCGAUAACUCUGUCAAGGAGUUUUUCCAAGAUAGCUUGACAAGCAAAGUAACCAAUGUGUUUAACAAAGUCACAGCAGACAUGGAUAGUCAGGUACUGAGAGAAAUUAUACUGCUGUGUUUGGGAGAUCCUCUCCUUGUUUUGAGUACAGCCGUGAGUCUUUGUGUAAGGAAUGAACAACAGGCGAGGAAUUGUGCUCUGAUUAUGCAUCAUGUACAGAAGACGUGUAAAUGCCGCCAUCCUGAAAACCAUCACGACACAUCACUGUUGGUCAUACUUUUAAGUGAGUUCCUCAACACACAGUCAUUGACAGAAAAAGAACAAAAAUGUUUUGUUAUAUUUAUCUCAGAGCUUAUGAUGCCAGGAGGCAGUUUCUCCAACAAAGAUUCAAAUUUGUCACCAUCUGAAUUUUUUACAGACCAUUGUGUUGCCAUGCAUCUCAGUUGAGAAUUUGUGGUCUCCAUAUUUUAAUGACUUGCAAGUUUGCUGUGGAGUUGCUAUUAAUAGCACUGGAUGCAGGAUGUAAAAAGAAAUGUGAUUGGUCAGAAUAUGAAUUUGAACCAAUGGCAUUAGUUCUCUCUUUAGCAGAGAUUCAACACAAGUGCAUGAUAUUAUGGGAAAUAGCAGAUGUGCUUCCUAAUGAUUCAGGGGAGACAGAAUUGAAGGACAUAGUUGCUAUGGAAACAAGAGCUGCAAAAUUACCUUUGAGAGAGAAAGUGAAUCAGUGUAUGGAGAGAAUCUGUCAAAAUGAUUUCAAAAAAGAGUUUUAACAGUAUCACUCAAAGACUGUUACUGGUUGCUAGAAGCUUCCAGAGAUCUACAUUGGACUGUAAGACUUGCAUUAUCUUCAGUAUAUACAGCUUGUCAGCUAGACCAGGUGA